AUGUUACUUGGUGAUAUUUUGAUCGAGAUAUUUUCUCAACUUUAUGAUAUGGAUGAAUCCUUGUUCAGUUGUGUUAUGGUAUGCAGAAUUUGGGCUAAAAUUGCGAUUCCGAUACUAUGUCAAAAUCCAUUCAAAUAUUGGAAAGACAAUCCAAAUAUUGAUUCUUUGAAAGAAAUUAUUUAUUAUAAAUUAAAAGAUGAACAAGAUAUUUUAAAAAUGCAUUUUCUAGUAAAAGAUAAAUUUAUUCCUCUUUUUUCCUAUCUGAAAUAUGUCAAGGAA